AUGAACAGAGGUGGUGUCUUCGAUGGGCCGGCACGGAAUCAGAACAGAGACCGCUUUGGACCUGGGGCCAGGAGGAACACGGUGAACGACCGGGGGAAUGACUAUAGGCCUCCACCGCAGAAUCGCUAUACUGUUAACAUGGAUUCAAGACCGCCUGUCCACACUCCAGCAUUUGGCUCAGGUCACUUGAGACGACGAAACGAACCACAGCCUGGACGCGCGCCCUUCGGAGCAGACGAUCGAAGGUCACCACAGGUUUCUAGGCCUCCGCCGCAAAGCAAGAUGCUGGACCAAGACGAGAUAUCUAGGUUAUUGGGUGAUGCGUCCACAAACCGAAAGCCAUACCAACCACUUGCAAGGGACAUGAAUGCGCAAAGAACAUGUUUCCACUGUGGGUCGAAGGAGCACCUGAGCAACGCCUGCCCAACGAAACCGACACUUCGCGAGCGGCCGCCCCAAGGACGAUCGGAACAGAAGACGACAACAUACACGCCACCUCACCGCUACCAGGAAUCGAUAUCCGAUGCGGCAGAGGCAUGGGUGCAGAAGUCUAAAGGCAAACUGGAAAUCGAGCGGUCGGCGCAGGUGCAGAUAGAGGAAGACAGCAGGCGGCGCAAUGACAUGGAGAGCGAGAGAAGGCGAAGCCGCUUUGCCUUUGACGAGGCAGGAGGGGUCAAGAAUCGAUACGAGGAGCCCCAGCGACGACAAGGCGGGAACAAGGGCAGGAACCGGCGCAUACAACGGGAUGAAGAGGAGGAUGAAGAUGGGCCACAGGUCAGCAAGCAAGAACGUAAGCGAUUACGAGCUGAGGCGAAGAAGGCAGCACAAAUUGCCAAGAACGAGCCCACGCCAAUAUCAUUACCCGAGUACAUCAGUGUAGCUAACCUGGCGGGCGCUCUGAGGCUAAAGGUGGAAGACUUUGUGCAGAAACUGGAAGAGCUUGGAUUUGAGGAUGUUCAAAAUGACCACAUCUUAAACGCGGAGCAUGCCGGUCUCAUCGCGCAGGAGUACAACUUCGAGCCAAUUUUCCAGUCACAGGAAGAUGAUGGCGACCUCUAUCCUGCGCCGCCUCUAGAGCCUGAGGCUUACGCUGAGCUUCCUGCACGGCCGCCUGUUGUCACAAUCAUGGGCCAUGUUGAUCACGGCAAGACGACUAUUCUCGACUACAUGCGUUCGACCAGUGUGGCGGCUACCGAAUUCGGCGGCAUCACACAGCACAUUGGCGCGUUCAGUGUUCCUCUGGCAAACGGGAAGAAGAUCACAUUCCUCGACACGCCCGGCCACUCUGCUUUCGAAACGAUGCGCGCUCGUGGAGCCAACGUGACCGACAUUGUGGUUUUGGUUGUUGCUGCGGAUGAUUCCGUCAUGCCCCAGACAGUCGAGGCUAUCAAGCACGCACAAGCGGCGAAUGUGCCUAUGAUUGUCGCCAUCAACAAAAUCGAUAAAGCGCAAGCCGACAUUGAUGCUGUCAAGCUUGAUCUCGGUCGUCAUGGUAUUGAGAUUGAGGACUUUGGAGGUGAUAUUCAAGCCGUCUGUGUUAGUGGAAAGACCGGACAGGGCAUUCCGGACUUGGAAGAAGCCAUCUCAACAUUGUCAGAGAUGUUGGACCACCGCGCCGAUCCUGCAGCCGCAGUUGAGGGGUGGGUUCUCGAGGGUGCCACCAAGAAAUCUGGACGUGUGGCUACCGUCCUAGUUCGUAGCGGUACUCUUCGCCAGGGUACAUUGCUUGUUGCAGGAACUACUUGGACGCGCGUACGUACUUUACGCAACGAAGCUGGUGCCGUGGUCAAGGAAGUGGGACCUGGUAUGGCUGUCGAAAUCGACGGCUGGCGCGACCAGCCCAUCGCUGGCGACGAGGUGCUUCAGGCAGAGGAUGAACAGCACGCUAGCUCAGUGACUGAGCUUCGCAGCGAAAAGGUCGACAGAGAGCAGAUGGCGCGUGACAUGGAAGCCAUCAAUGAAGCUCGCCGUGCAGAGGCCGAACGUCGCGAGGCUGAAGAGGCCGCUGCUAAGGCCAUCAAGAAUGGUGAGGAAGCUGUAGUCGCCGAGAAGAAAGAAGCUGGGCCCGAAGUUGUUUCUUUCAUCAUCAAGGGUGAUGUGUCUGGCUCUGUUGAAGCAGUCAUCGACUCCGUCUCGGCACUCGGCAAUGCAGAAGUAUCAACGCGUAUCCUCCGCCACGGUGUCGGCGCGCCAUCUGAAUUUGAUAUCUCGCACGCCGCCGACGCAAAGGGGCACAUCAUCAAUUUCAAUACUACAAUCCCUAACCAUGUAGCCAAACUAGCGGAAGAGAAGGGUGUUAGGAUCCUAGACAGUAACAUCAUUUACCGCGUCGUUGAAAACGUCAAAGAUGUGCUAUCAGAGAAGCUCCCACCAAAGGUCACCCAAAAGGUCACGGGUGAAGUGGAAAUCGCAGCAGUCUUUGAGAUCAGUCUCGGCGGCAAGAAAAAGCUGAAGGUUGCCGGAAGUAAGGUUCGCAAUGGUAUUGUUGACAGGGGUGCCAAGGCCAGGGUACUCCGUGGCGAGACCGUUGUUCACGAUGGUGUGAUAGAGUCGCUCAAGAACCAGAAGAAAGAUGUGGAGCAUAUGCGCAAGGAUACCGAGUGUGGUAUCGGAUUUGAAGGCUGGGAAGACUUCAAGGUUGGUGAUCGCAUUCAGUGUUAUGAGGAGAAGUUUGAGAAGAGGAACUUGUAA